AGAAGAAGAAGAAGAAGAAGAAGAAGAUGAUGUCGUCGUCUACGUGUGAAAACCCCGUCCAGCUGGGGGCGACAGCGUGUGUGCCUUACAAUACGGGCUACUUGCAAAAUUUUGGGGAGACAACUUUGUUGCAGCGGUACAUUUUACGCUGUUUAUGCAUCAGUCGGGCCCUGCAGGUCUCUCAGGCCUUUGCCGAGUCACUGACCAUCUUUAUCUCAGUAAUGGCAGAGCGGCUAACGAUUCCUCCCAGGUGACUCGGUACAAGAUAACCUGCAUCGUGAACGUUACUGAGACCAAGAGCAGCUGCCCUCCUCCUCCCGGGGUGGAGUACAUCCACAUCCCGGUCACUGACUCCCCUGUGUCUCCCCUCAGCGAUCACUUUGAAGAGGUGGCAGAUAAAAUACAGCUUACUGCAGAGGGCGGUGGCCGCACGUUGGUGCACUGCAACGCCGGCGUGAGCCGCUCCGCCGCCUUGUGCAUGGCCUAUCUGAUGAAGCACCGCGGGGUGACUCUCCUGGAGGCCCAUAAGUGGGUGAAGACCUGUCGACCCAUGGUGAGGCCGAAUAACGGCUUCUGGAAGCAGCUCAACCGGUAUGAGAUGGAGCUUCGUGGGUGCAACUCUGUCCGAAUGGUGUCCUCCUCCAUGGGAGAGAUACCAGACAUUUAUGAGGAAGAGGCCAGAAAUAUGAUGCCACUGUGACAACGCGCUGCACUGCUUUGUGGGGACAUUACUUAAAAAUAUAUGGGCAUUUAUAUACUGUAUUGUGUGUCGCAUACCUACAGUAAUAAAAUACUGUUUAGUCAUGUAAAGAAAUAUAAAGGCUUAAUGUGCUCCCUGAUGAGUUAUUAUGGGCUGUAUACUUCUACUCCACUACAUUUAUCUGACAGCUAUACUUAGGCUACUGGUUACAGAUAAACAUUUUAGCCAAUAAACAAACAUAUAAGCUUCUGGAAUACAAUGCAUUGUUAAGAUUAAACCCGUGGUUACCAACCUUC